GCCUUGUUUCGUUUUCAGUGCGAUCGCAGACAUUGUGCAAAACGGUUCACGUUCUCUCCUCGCGACUGGACGACUGGAGGUGAUCGAGUUUUUCGUGGGAUUGCACUGAAAGAAGCCGGAGCAACCGGAGCCAAAGCAAGUCCAAAACCGAGCGGAAUAAAGCUAAAGCCCAAGGAGUCACGCCCUUCGAUCCCGUUGAAGACGAGUGAACUGAGCAUUUGAGGUAGCUUUAUCAAUUUCGGGCGUUUCUGCGGAGGCUCGACGCAUACACAUAGCCAAUCGGAACCAGAUUUGUAGCGAGGGUCGCAUCAUGGAUACCGUCAAGUCGUUCUUCGCCGGUUCCAGCAAAGAUGGCAGCCUGCCCAGCAACAGGCAGGCGAAUGUCCCCGGAUCCUCUGUGGCUAGCCGCUGGGGUCGCAGCUGGAGCACCAGCUCCCAGCACACGGAUCCCGAGCCAGGGCCCUCCAGCUCCACCGCCAGCAAGAGCGGCAACCCGUGCGAUGCGAAGCGCAAGGACAGUGACAACUACUUCUACAUCAUGUGGCGUGCUUGAAGAUUACCAUAUGAUUGUGGAUCGGAGCACCAGUCGGAUGAGUCGCGAUCCGUGUCUAAAGUGACCU